AUGAGUUCCGGCGUGCGCAAUCUUCGCGCCAUGUUCGAACAGAACGCAGCUUCUUCUCCUGAACCCCGCGGCCGUUCCCCAGGAAGCUCCUCAGCAGUCGACGACACCAGCCGCCCGACCUCCAAAGUGCGCGCUUCGUUCGUUUCUGUCGAGCACACAAUCCCUCACGCAAGCGACUUCGCUGCUAUCAAGGGCGCUCCGUCCAACAGCACAGCUGCGAAUCGCCGCGAGAGCUUCAGUAUCAGCGAGGACACCGCCGGAGAGGUAGCAGACCUCAAAAAGGUAAUCAGCGAAGAGAGAGAAGAGCGCAGGAAGAGUGUUGCUAUCAUCGAGUCCGUCCCAGAGCAGGCAAUAGCGUCGCGCGACUCUUCAGCCGGCCCACCGCCAAUUCGAAACGAGCCUGAAGGAGAGAUGGUGAACCUCGGGGCCAUUAUGAAGGGCUCAGACUUCCCCGAGUCUGCAGCAGACGCAGGAGCUGGCGCGCUGCAGCCAAAGGAAGCACCAAAGGAAGCACCAAAGGAAGCGCCGACCCCUGAGCUGUCAUCAGUCAAGGAAGAGCCCGUGAAGGAGGAGGAGCCUGCCCCAGCGCCAGUGCAGGAGACUCCGGCUGAGAACCCAGACAAGGUCGUGACAGGGGCACAGGAGGAAGUAGCUUUAAAGCCCGCGGAUCCCACCGAUGCUUCUGCUGUCUCAGGAGGCAAGGCCCUGCCUUCACCAGCCGAAGAGUUGCAGCCUGCAAGCACCGAGGUUGCUGCUACUGCCCCAGCUGAGCCAGCUGUUGAGACACCAAAGCCCGCUGCAACCAAAGCCAAGCUGAAUGGUACACCGACAACAAAGGGCAGGCUCGAGCCUAAGAAGCCUGCAGCUCUCUCCACCACCAAGGCUCCUGCCUCCAAGGGCACACCUAUCAAGAGCCCGCUGCCAAAGACUGCACCCAAAACGCCCACAAACCCAAAACACUCCACUGCGCCUGUGUCGAAGCCAGCAGCAGCUGGCAAACCUGCAGCGAAGCGAGCACCCUCGAGGGAACCGCCCAAAGCAGCUGCGUCAAAGCCAAAGACCAGCCACACCUCUCUACGAGCGUCAACAGCAACAGCACCCACUGCCGCCGCAAAGGCAAAAACAGCCGCUGCUGAGACCAAGAAGCCUGCAACCACCAAGCCAAAGGAUCCCACCACCACGUCUCCAACCGGUCUCAAGAAGCCGAAACCGAGAUCACCCACCCGCCCCGUUGGCAUUUCUUCGCGCCUCACUGCCCCGACUGCAGCGUCCGCGGCGAAGCUCCAAGGUGAGGAGGCACAGAAAGUGACUCGCAAGCCUUCCACUGCAACCCGCCCUGCAACGAAGCCUGCAGCCACGAGGCCUUCAAGACCCUCGGUCGCGCCCAAUGCGAGCACAACCAAGCGACCGGAGUCGCGUGCCUCUACAGCAGGUGCCGGACCCAGCUUUCUCGAGCGUCUGGCGAGGCCUACAGCAGCCAGCGCUAGCAAGGUCCACGACAAGCCUACUUCGCCUCCCCAAAAGGGUUCUGCCAAGCCCAGCAUCCUUCAGAAGGGUAAGAAGAAGGUUGAGGAGGUUGCGGCUAAGGCAAAGGAGGCUGUAACGACAAACGCCCAUGCAGACGAGCCUGCGAAGACCGAAUCAACCAAUGGCACCAGUGGGCAUACCGAAGUUUCUGAGGAGGUUGCUGCUGAGCCUGUCGCUGAGCCUGUCGCUGAGCCUGUUGCUGAGAAGGCGGAUAAAGCCGAGCCUGUCAAGGCAGAGACAUCCGUUCCGGAAGGCGAGACCUCCGCUAUGGAGCUGCAGACGCCCAAGUUCCAAGGAGAAGCCGUCCGCUAG